AUGGAUAUUUCUAUUGAAUUUCAAAAUACUGAAUUUGUUACUAACACUGAACCGUCUGAGCCAAAAAAAGAUAAUAGCUAUUAUUCAGAAGAAUUGUUGCCUUCUACAAGUUCAGAACAAAAUAUUACAUUCUUAUUACCCACUACAACGUCUGAAUCAAGUAUUACCUCUGACCCUGCUACUUGGCCCUCAUUUUUAACAUCAAAACAAAUUGACUAUAUAGUAGUAACUGGUCCAGAAAUAUUUACAGAAUUCCCAAGAAAAAUAUUUUGUUUCUGUUGUAAAUUAUUUGAUAGAGUUCCAAAGUCAAAUUUGGCAAUUGGUGGGUUUUCUGAUUGGCAUAACGUAUGUGCUGCACUUACUAUGCACGAAAAAGCGCCUAAUCAUUUUAAGGCUUAUGGUACAUGGAUAGAAAUAGAAAAACGGUUAAAACUAAAUAAAACAAUAGAUGCAGAACACCAGCGAAUCACGAACAUGGAAACUGAUUAUUGGGUAAAAGUUCUAGACCGUUUGUUAUCAAUAACUUUAUUUUUAUCUAAGAACAAUCUAGCGUUUCGAGGAAGUUCAGAUAAAUUUUAUACUCACAGUAAUGGCAAUUUUUUAAGUUUAGUUGAGCUUUUGGGUAAAUAUGACGACGUAACUAAAGAAUUAUUACUCAAAACACUUUCUCGUGAAAAAACCGUACAUUAUUGUAGUCAUUCUAUUCAAAAUGAAUUAAUUAAUCUCAUGGCCAAUAAAGUUCUAGAAACAAUAAUAGAUAGAUUACGUGCAGCAAAAUAUUAUUCUGUAAUCCUCGACUGUACACCAGACGUGAGUCAUCAAGAACAACUAUCCUUUACACUAAGAUUUGUUAAUAUAAAAAGAAAAAUUGAAGUUAAAGAACAUUUCAUUGGGUUUAAAACGGUAGAAAGCUCUACAGGUUUGAGUUUAACAGACCUUCUUCUAAAAACUCUUGCAGAGAAGAAUAUUCCUUUUCAAGAUUGUCGGGGGCAGGGAUAUGAUAAUGGUGCUAACAUGAAAGUUGUAUCAGAUGCUGCAUCUUGUUCUAUAAAUUCAAUUACAGUUUUCGGCGUACUCCAAAGAAUUUAUGUUUUGUUUUCAUCAUCGGUAAAUCGAUGGAAAAUUUUAACUGACAAUAUAACAGGGUUGACUGUGAAAACUCUAAGUGACACAAGAUGGGAAAGUAGAAUCAACAGUGUAAAAGUUGCUCGUUUUCAAACUGAGCAAAUUUACAACGCGCUUACUAAACUAUCUGAAGUUGAAAACAUAGAUGCUGGAACGCGCCAUGAAGCUGUUUCGCUUGCUGAUCAACUUACAGAUUUUAAAUUCCUAAUAUCAUUAGUUGUUUGGUACGAUAUUCUUUUUCAAGUAAAUCUAGUCAGUAAAAGUAUGCAAGCAAAAGCAAUGGACUUAAUAAAUGGUUCUAAUAUGUUAAAAAGUGCUUUAGAGUUUAUGAAGAACUAUAGAGAUCAAUUUGAUCAGAUUUUAAUCAAAGCAAAAGCAAUAGCAGAUGAAUUAGGGGUGGAUCCUGAAAUAAAAGUAGUUCGGAAGCGUAUAAAAAAAAAAAACACUUUGAUUAUGAGUGUUCAGAUGAUGCUGAUCAUAGAACUGCAGUAG